AUGUUACCAUGCAUUAAUUGGCUGCAGCCUUUCCUUGCCUUGAUCUCCUCCACCUUGCUUACGCGAGGCCACAACUGUCCAUCCAGCUGUUUGUGUCCAGACCAUCACACUGUGGACUGUACUGGCCAAGGUCUACGCAGAGUCCCGGACUCCAUUCCUUUAGAUGUUCGCCGUCUCCUGCUCUCCAACAACUGGAUUCCCUGGAUCCCCUCCGACUUCCUGGUCCUGUACAGCGAUCUAGUCUACCUGGACCUGAGGAAUAACUCCCUUUCCCAGCUGGAGCCAGGGACCCUGAGCACCUCCUCCAGACUGGUCUUCUUGGACCUGGGCAGCAACAACUUGACAGAAAUCCCCUCAGGGACCUUUGGAGAGUCCAGGAGUCUGAUCAAACUGCGUCUGGGGAACAACCCCUACUUAAGCAUGGUAGGCAGGGAUGCUUUCAUUGGGUUGACCUCUUUGAGGGAGCUGGAGCUGGAGAGGAAUGGUCUCACAGAGCUGGACGUCAGGGUCCUGGAACCACUGCCCUCCCUCCGGAUGCUGCGUCUGGAGGGCAACCCCUGGCUCUGCAACUGUCACUUUGCCAAACUGUUUGAAUGGCUAACAGAGAACCUCCACAAGCUCCCGACGGGUAUGGAGGGGAUAGAGUGCUCCCUGCCUCUGGAUGGGCGUCGUGUUCCCCUGAGUUUACUCUCUGAAGAAAGUUUCCGGGAGUGCCGGGGUAUCCUCAGCCUCACUGACUACCUCAUUGUCAUCUUCUCCGGCAUCUCUGUCUCUGUGGCGGCCAUAAUGGCCAGCUUCUUCCUUGCUUCCACAGUCCACUGCUUCCAGCGCCUCAGCAAGGGCAGCAAAGGAGAUGAGGAGGAAGGAAAUGACUGA